UCUCAACGGUGCACAGACAGAACCAGACAGUACCAUAGGUUAAUGGAUUAAAGUGUCUUGGUUCUAUUGUUAGACUGCAAGCGUUCAGAGAUUAUACCGAAGUUGCUGAGAAAGAGUGUAAAAAGAGGAAUUGAAAAAUCAUCAAGAUGGUUGUCAAUAUCUUCUCACAAUUAAAGAAACUCUGGCCACAGAUUUUGGCCACUUUGAUCAGCUCCAUGGCAUACCUUACUGUUGGUAUACUGAGGGCUUGGGCAGCAACUUCUGUUCCUUCUCUCAACAAAAAAGAGUUGAGAGGGGAAGCGAAUAUUUGGGCUCUAGAGUCUUCACCACAGGAACCUGAAAUUAUUUCCUGGAUAGUAUCAACUCUACCUCUGGGAGCCAUCUGUGGAAGUUUGUUAUCUUCCUUUCCUUUAAACUACCUAGGCAGGCGUAUUACACUGCUUCUAGCAGGUGUAUUGUAUAUUGCUGCAAACUUGCUGAUUGGACUGGCUCAGCUGAAUGGAAAUAUACCGAUGAUUCUCAUUGGACGAAUUCUAGGGGGCAUUGGAGUAGGAAUAACAAUGCCGUCGACUGUUAUCUAUAUAUCUGAGAUCACUCAUCCUUCACUUCGUGGAAGAAUGGGAUGUAUUCCUUCUCUCCUGUUAGCUCUAGGAGUCCUACUUGGAUAUGCUGUAGGAGCUGCUACUCCUUGGCAUCAUCUUGCUCUCAUCAGUCUUGCUCCCCCAGCCAUUCUUAUCCUUGGGAUGUUUUUCCUCCCUGAGACUCCUGUUUGGUUGAAGAGGAACGGUAAGACGGAGUUGGCGGAGAAAGCUUCACUCUGGUUCAAUCUAGAACCCCAACCUCCCAGGUAUAGGAGUAAUAUCUAUCUACAUCCUCUAAUUCUCUCCAUGGUUCUAAAAUUAGAUGAUAUAUAUAUAUUCUAG